UUUGCAACUAGUGGGUAAUUCCUCUCCCAGGGAUUGUACCAACGCUAAUUAUUUUUAAAUGUUGAAAGUAAUUAAUGAGUAUUUAACUUCUGAUGCAUAAUGGAAUUAAUUUUGGUGGUGUAAUGUGAGUGUGCCUUCUCCUUCAGGAAUUGCAACAGUCGAUCGUGAAUCUGAAUACAAGUAUUUUGGCCCCUCAAGCCAUCGUGAUUUCAAGAACCGAGUGGAUUUUUAUAGUGAAUUGGUGAAUGCGUCGGAACAGAGCUCUCCUUUUGUGCUGAAUAUUAUUUUAUUAAACCUUGCCUUUACUUCACCCUUUCCGGUUCCAGAUAAUUGUCACCAAGGAGCUGACAUCUGUCUUUGAUCAAGGCGUUAUACAUACUCGGUAGUUCUAUGUGCCUCUCCAUAGUACUUGGGGUGGGCUCCCCUAUAAGCCCAAUGUAGUGCAGGUGACAGUUGACCAUCCAGUGCACCGUGAAGACCCAGAUGGUCUUCCCAAUCUAGCCUUUAUUUAGUUUAGAAGCCUAAAAGACUCAAAUUUCCCGAGAAGGGGACGCUGAACUCUUUGACCCCAGUUUCUCGAUAUCACUGAGACUGGAAUUGACCUUUUCACCCAGUUUAAAUCUUGGUCUUGUUUUUUUUGUAGGGCAGACUAAGGACCCGACGAAAAAACACGCUCUUCGAGUCAACUCCUUGCUCUCUAUUCCACAGUGUACUUGAACCCAGAUCAAGCUUCCCUAUUAAACCCACGUAGUCUUAUCUCUUCGUUCUUCACAUGUACUCAAGGAACGUAGCCGAUCGGAGCAAUUCGGAUGACAGCGUCCUCAGCACCGCCUGCAGGUGUCCAUCUAUUUUAGAAAUAUGAAGACGAUAAUUGUGAAAUUUUGUUCCAUGUUAAUUUUCGCCGUCGGUCAGAUCUUGGUCGAUGACCAUAAUAUACCAUACCCGUUCCCCUCCCGUUAGGAACUCUUAUGUAUACCAAACGUCCCAUUACAACACAGUCCUGACAGUAAAGCACUUCUUUAUAGACUGCCCAAAAUUACGAAAGCGUAGAGCUGCCAUGCCAAUAUUGGAAAAUAUUUUCAGGAAAACUUACACUUUUUCUGUAAAUUUACAAUUUUUCUGUCAAUUUCUACCUUAAUAGCCUUGCGAGUAGUUACAGCCAGCCAAACUGUGUUCUACGCCGGUUCAGUUGCACUUGCAGACGACUAGUUCACAGAAGUCUUCAUUGUGUUGUGCAUCUUUUCGACAUGGAUGAAUUUGUGGACUUUCUGCGUGGUAGGGGAAUUCCCGAUUUAACCGUUCAACAAUUCUUAGACGAAAAUAUUGAUCCGCCGACCAUUAUGGUUAUGUCUGAUGAUACUUUGAAGAUAUUGUUACCAAAAUUAGGCGAUAGGGUUGCCAUUAAAGCAUACUGCAAAAAAGAGUUGGCACCCAAAAAGCAGAGCUUAAUUGAUCGACUAAAAUUGAAAAUGUCAACGCCGGCGGGCAAUAUCACCGCACACAAAGGAAAUUCCCAUAAAAAAGUAAAAACAACGAGACUGAUUGAAGUGGGUUGGGUUUGUUCAAUGGACUGAGAAACCUACACCCAGGUACGUAAGCUGCAAGGUGGUGGCACCCGGCAAAUUGAAAUUGAAAAGUCUGCAACGGUAGAAACUGUACGUCAACGUGCCUUGGAGCUUUUUUUCCCUGUUGGCAAAUCCACCAAAGGGUAUCUAACAGAUUUUGAAACAAAAAUGGUGGAUUUUUCGCUGCAACAAUUAGAUGAUCAACUAACUAUCGAGGAGUAUUUUUCUCGCACCGCUUUGACAAAGUUAAGGUUUUAUUUGGCUUCUAAAUUUAUCAAAAAGGCAUCUCCUCCGGCUAAACGGACUAGGAUACGCAGGACUGCUUUAUCAAUUACCGGAAAUGGAAUUUUGUCAGAUGAUGAGAAUUCAUCAGAUCAGAUUAAUGAUGUAUCUAGAUCGCUUCCGAAUGAGGUAGAUGCCGAAUUCAUCUGCAAUCGGACAAUAAAUGAAGACUUUACACCGUUUCUGGGCUUAGGGACAAAUGAUGACUAUGCCGUGGAUCUAAUGUAUUUUUCACAUUAUUUUGUUAUUAUUGUAUCUUCUCAUUUUUUCAGUGCCCCGCAACCACAGUUAGGAGCAAAGAGGAUAACAGUACGGACCUAAGCGUAAACAGUAAUGACUGGAAUAAUUAUCCUUACUGGCAUCAAUCAUAUGAAGUUGUAACGCAAACAGUAACAUCCGAACAACAAAUUCCUAAAGAAGAUCUAACUUUAUUAGUAAACUCAAUCCUUGACUGUUGUGAGACUCAGCCGUUACCAAACAUCACCAAUACACACAUUUGUGAACCUCAAACGAUUUCUUCACUUUUGAAGCACUUACAAAAAAACAUCAACACGCAGAAAACAUCACAGUUCAACAUAUACAGAGAAGAUGUGUUUGGAUGUUGCGUCCGAGCAAUGAGAAGAACCGGAUUUGAUCCAUUUAGUAAAAUUUCAGUCAAGUUUAGUGAUGCUGAGGGUACAAGCGAAGGUGCAGUUGAUGAAGGAGGUCCUUGCAGAGAAAUGUUCAGAUUAUCUCUGAACUGGCUGAAAGACAGCGGUAUGUUCUGUGGUGCCCAUAAGAAAAAUUUGAAUCUUUGUGGGAAUGCUUUGCACAAAAACAUGUAUUUCGAAGCGGGUCGAUUAAUUGCUUUAUCCCUGAUUCAUGGAGGGCCGGGCCUCAUUUUUUUUUCUGAGACACUAUUCUCGCUAUUAUGCGACCAAAUUGCAGUCCCAACACUUGAUGAUAUCGAUCGAGAUGUAAGAGAAACGACUAUGCAAUUUCAAAAUGCCAACGAGUUAGAAGAACUACGAACAAUAAUAGGAAAUAGCGAUGUUUUUUCUCUGUCGGGAUUCCCAAUUAUUGGUCAAGCAGAAGAGCAAGAAAAAAUUGUCCAAGGGACGCUACGAUUUUUUGCUGUGGACAGAAUAAGAGAACCACUGCGGCAAUUAAUUGCAGGGUUGAAUACAUGCGGUCUAUAUGACAAGCUUGUGCAAUAUCCCAGUAUAUUCAAAGACAUAUUUUGUUCUGAAAUCACACUAUCUUCAAAAGUAAUUGAAGAACUAUUCCUGAUUGUCUAUACCGAACCUGGAACUAACACCCGUAGUAAAGAAAAUCGUGUGAUUUCUUAUUUUAGGGAUUAUGUAUUGGAUUUGGAAUGCGACCCGACAAAUAUUGUCACUCUUCCCGAUCUUUUAGUCUUUGCAACAGGGUCUGAUUGCCUUCCGCCUUUAGGAUUUCCUUUAAGGCCAGAGAUCAUGUUUUUGCAUGAAAAGAAUUCGCGAUUUCCGAUAGCAAAUACUUGCAGUCUUCAAUUAAAACUGCCAGUGGUACAUACCAGUUAUGAGGACUUCAAAACCGAUAUGGAUUUUGCCAUGGGUAAUGCUAAAGAAUUCGGGUUCGCGUAAUAAGUACUUGUUUUAUUUUACGUUAAUCUUAUUGAAUUUGGAUAAUAUAAUAUUUGUUUUGUUAAAGUUUAUGUAUAAAGAGUACUCUAUUUUGUUAUACAGUUACCGUUAAACUACCAAUAUUCGUAACUUUUAUGUAACUAUUUAAUAUCAAAUACAACUUUUUAUGCACAUUUUCAUUUUCAUUUUAUACUAGAAUAACAUUGAAAAACUUCUGUCUCA